AGUCUAUUGUCUAUACUUUCUCCGUUCUAUUCCCUCUCCUUCAUUUUUUGCAUAUCCAUUUGAACCAAGUAAAGAUCAAUAUAUACACCCUAAACUAUAUAAUCCUUUUCUACUUCUUCAACAUUUAGCCUAAAACUAAAUCCCUUUCUUCUUUGCAUCAAAUCCCUUUUCAAGUUCACCUUUGCAUUUGAAUUACUUUUAGAAAAACUCCUUAAAAAAGGAAACAGAGAAAAAUGGGAGUUGAAGGCACUCUGGAAUACAUAUCUGACCUGCUAAGCAGUGUCAAGAAGAAGAAAAAGAAGAAGCAAAUGACAACAGUAGCACUCAAAAUUAGGAUGGACUGCGAGGGUUGUGUUCGUAAGGUCAAGAAUGUUCUCUGCGGUGUCAAAGGAGCUAAAUCAGUGGAUGUGGACUUGAAGCAGCAGAAAGCAACGGUGACGGGGUUUGUGGAGGCGAAGAAAGUGCUGGCGGCGGCAAAGACAACGAAAAAGAAGGUGGAGCUGUGGCCGUACGUGCCCUACAACCUGGUGGCAAACCCUUACGUUUCUCAAGCUUAUGACAAGAAGGCACCUCCAAAUCAUGUUAGGAGAGUUCCGGCCACUGCCAUCAUCACCGAGACCACCAUGGACGACCGCUACACCACCAUGUUCAGCGAUGAGAACCCCAAUGCCUGCUCCAUCAUGUAAAUGAACAGUACUAGAGUACUAUAUAUAUUGUACUUUGAAUUUCGUUAUAAAUAUCAUGCAUUUAAUGUUGAUUGUUUGAAGUAAAUUUACGUGGAGAGU